AAUUUUCUGAUUCCAAUUCAAUUCCUCCGAUCAUUGGCUUUCCGUUCCCGUGUUGCCCCACUGGUUCCGACGACUUUUGAGAGCGGUAAUCGACGCAGUGACUUCCAUAUAGCUAUUGUACUUGGCUCGUUCGUUGGCAAUGGAGAAAGGAGCGCCUCCUAGCAUGUUUGUGAAUGAUGGGUCGUUCAUGGAAAGAUUUCGACAGCUUCAACAGGAGAAAGAUAAAGAGAAGGAUAAGGUUUCCCAUGUAGAGGAUUCUAAGCCUGUGAAGAUAAUAUCUGGGAUUUCAAAUCCUAGGCCUUCUGUUAAUAAAAGCUCCGUUGGAUUAAAGUCCAAUGAUGCUCAGAAGAAAGGUGGUAAGCUUGCUUUCAGCUUGAAACAAAAGUCUAAGCUCCUCGCACCUCCUGUAAAGCUUGGUACGGAGGAUGAUGAGGAUGAGGAGGAUACAAACAUUGAUCAAGGCUUUGGAUCUGCAAAGCGUCAAAAGUUGGAGCAGGGAGACACAUCCCUAAAGUCAACGAAACUGUCAGAUGUUGCACCACCUUCGCCCAGUGAUCCUACUGUGAAGAAAGUUGCUGAUAAACUAGCAAGCUUUGUUGCUAAACAUGGAAGGCCAUUUGAGCAUAUUACACGGCAGAAGAAUCCUGGGGAUACACCAUUUAAAUUUCUUUUUGACGAGAGCUGUGCGGAGUACAAGUACUAUGCAUUCAGGCUGUCUGAAGAGGAAAAAACUAUCUCACAAACCAAGGAAUCUGGUGUACUUCACAGUGGUGAUGCUGGCCCGCGGACGUCCACAACAGCAAUCACUUCGCAAAAGCCAGCUCAGCAACAAACAGGUUAUCAGAUCCCUGCUUCAGCUCUCUAUGAUGCUCCUGAGGAACCUAGAGCUUCCUCUAGAUCUGCUCAGGCAUCAAUUCCAAGAGCUAGCAACAUUGCAGGUGACUCCUAUAGUGCGCCGAGGGGUGCAGACCCUAUAUCAAUGAUGGAAUUUUACAUGAAGAAGGCUGCUCAAGAAGAGAAGAUGAGACGUCCUAGGCAGUCAAAAGAUGAAAUGCCUCCGCCAGCUUCACUUCAAGGCCCAUCUGCAACUCCCUCCACAGACCCUGGAAAGAGAGGUCAUCACAUGGGUGAUUAUAUCCCACUUGAGGAGCUAGAUAAGUUCCUUGCAAAGUGUAACGAUGCAGCUGCACAAAAAGCCACAAAGGAGGCAGCUGAGAAGGCUAAGAUUCAAGCAGAUAAUGUCGGACACAAGCUUUUGUCAAAAAUGGGUUGGAAAGAAGGUGAAGGUAUAGGAAGCUCGAGAAAGGGUAUGGCAGAUCCUUUAAUGGCGGGCGAUGUAAAGACAAACAACUUGGGAGUUGGGGCUUCUGCUCCAGGAGAGGUUAAGCCUGAGGAUGAUAUAUACGAGCAGUACAAGAAGCGAAUGAUGCUGGGUUACAAACACAGACCCAAUCCACUGGGGAAUCCCAGGAAGGCGUAUUACUAAGUACUAAUCAGCGUGAUGUGCACAAUCAUGAGCUAUCUCCUACCCCACCCAGCCCAGGCUGAGCUUUUGCUUUCCUAUUAAAAAAUAACGUUAAGUUUUUAGAUUGCUGAUAAAUUGAAUUGUUGGUAUGGGUUGGAUUUGUUUUCUUCCCCCCUAAGAAAAUUCCUGUGUGCAAAUAGAGCUGUAUCAGUUGGGAUACAGUGGAUCUGUUGCUUUGAAAUGACUGAGAUUUCGAUUUUAUUCUCAUAUCUUUAUUAAU